UUUCCUGGCUGUUCCCUGAUCAGCCUUGAAAAAGAAUCCUAGCAAGGAUGCUAAUUAGAAGAAAAUACUAAGGUUAUUCUGCUGGCUAUUAUGUAAAGAAGGACUUAGCAGCCUAGAAAUUAUGCUAAUGAGGAACCAAAGCAUCAAGUUUAAAUCCCUUUCAAAUAAGAAUGGAUCAUAACCACAAAAAGCAGUGGGGAAUUCUCUCAAUCAUACUACAACAAAAUCUAUUGGAUGCUAUUCCAGGAAAGGAACAAUGAUGCCCAAUUAACUCGGAGAAGUCUUCCUGUGAAGAGGGACCAUUUCCUUAACAAGUACCAUCUCUCAAAGUUUUUGUUUUCACCAGCUUAACCUCACCAUGGCUGCGGAUGGCAAUGAUAUUGUUCCCUUGCGUCAGAAGCCGAGGAAGAAAACUCAAGGUUUCUUCACAAUGAGCCGGAGGAGGAUAUCCUGCAAAGAUCUGGGACACGCUGACUUCCAGGGGUGGUUAUACAAGAAAAAGGAAAAAGGCACCUUCCUCAGCAACAAAUGGAGAAAGUUCUGGGUUGUGCUCAAGGGGGCAUCGCUGUACUGGUACGGCAAUCAAAUGGCAGAGAAAGCUGAUGGAUUCAUCAAUUUGCCAGAUUUCGCUGUGGACAGAGCUGCAGAAUGCAAGAAAAAGCAUGCUUUUAAGAUCAGCCACCCGCAGAUCAAGACUUUUUAUUUUGCAGCAGAGAACGUGCAGGAAAUGAACAUGUGGUUAAAUAAGCUCGGUUUAGCUGUAAUUCGUCUUGCAUCCACAGGAAAAGAUGAAGAAUGCUACAGUGAAAGUGAACAUGAGGAUCCUGAAAUAGCUGUGGAGACGCCACCCCCUCCCUAUUCUGCUGAGCCUCCAUCGCAUUUGGGUCCACAGGAAGCCUCUUCAUCUUCACUUGUAUUGAAUGAACCAUCCUGUUCUUUUUCUUCCCUGGAGAGUUCAGUCAAAUCACCCAACAAUUCUUCUUCCACAUCUAAAGCAGCCUACCCAGAAAGGCAGUCUUGGCUCGAUAUAGUCAACAAUUCCUCUACCACUGAAGAUGUGGGACAAUCCAUAAUGGUUCAGAUCCAUUCACCUGCCCUCCCAGAGGCCUCAGAAAAUGGCCUUGCCAAAUCGGAAAGUGGAUUUCUGAACUCUUUGUCAAGUGAGGAGACAUCCUCGCUAAACAGCAGUUUAGAUCACCUUUCUGUUCCUGAUGACACUAUAGGACUCAAGACAUCAGAUAGAGAACAGACAAAAGGCCUUGAAGAUGAUGAAAUGGAAAAGCUUUACAAAUCUCUAGAACAAGCCAGUUUAUCUCCUAUUGGAGAUCGAAGACCUUCAACCAAAAAGGAGUUGAGAAAGUCUUUUGUCAAGCGGAGUAAAAAUCCAUCCAUUAAUGAGAAACUACACAAAAUCCGGACAUUGAAUAGCACCUUAAAGUGUAAAGAACAUGAUUUAGCCAUGAUUAACCAGUUGUUGGAGGACCCGAAGCUGACAGCAAAGAAGUACAGAGAAUGGAAGAGCACAAAUAGCUUAUUGGUUCAGGAGAUCUAUCAGCAGCAGAGUGCAAAGACUGCUGCUGAAGGGCCUUACCUGGAGCCUGAAGGACUACAUUCCUUUACUCCUGUUGAAAGUUCUAUUUGAGAACAAGCCAGAACUCUCUCCCUAUCUUAUUUUUUCCUCAGCAACCCUUUAAGCUGCUACAAAGUCUUACGUUUUUCCUUAAAUGGAGAUCUAAAAACUAUUCCCUGGAACCUCAGAUACGGCCUGAUAAGGUGACUUCACUGGAAGCAAAUGAACUAAUGCAUGGUAUCUCUAACUCAAAUGACAAUGUUUCCAUUUUAUGAAUCAAUCAAUUAUUUCAGGUAUAUAUAAUCGAGGGUCUGCUAUAUAUGAGGUGCUAUAUGAAGUGAGGAAGUCUUGUGCGGGAACAAGAAAUUCAUCUAUUAGGAUCUGCUUUCAAGGAACAUACAACAACAAUCUGUGGAAUGGAGAAGGGAUUCACUUGAAUGAUUUUCAUAAUUUCAUGGUUCAGGACUGUGGUAACAGGAAGAGAAUGUAAAAAAGAAUAUACAUGGUCUAUCUUGUUGGGUUGCCAUCUUUCCCAUGUCACUUUUAGAUGGAAUACAGUAUAAAUGAUUUUCUGUUGUUGUUGUUAUUUAAUUCACAAUCUUGUCUUGGGGAUUGCAGAUCACCAAUCUCAUUUCCACAUCCACUUAAAGGGAAUACAUUGGUAUUAAAAAAAAAAAAAGACUCAGAAGAGAACUAUUCCAUGGGAGUAAUGUUCUAUCGUUUGUGGACUCAAAGGACUACUUGACAUUUUCAAAUUUCACAUUGGUUGGGGGAAUUCUACAGCACGUGCUUGUACCACUUGGGAGACAUCUGCUUUCUGCCUUUCUUCAUCAACAAUAGGACUUAACCAUGCAUCAGGAAAGACAUGUCUGCUGCCAGUAGACUAUGGCACAACUACAGGAUUUGUAUUUGUGUUCUGGUGCCCCAGGGUCUACACUAUGAUGAUAUUUUUUGGCACCUGAAGUUUUUCAAUUUCUUUAUUCAAAGGAAUGAAAAAAAAAUUGAGCUAAUUCAUAGUUGCUUUUAUUUUUGUAAGGUUAUCUGUCACUUUAUGGCCUAUGUGAAUAUAUAGCUAUAUCUAUAAAUAUGUAUAUGUUUGUUA